GCCCGGGUCUCUGUCUCUCGGUACAGAGCGCUUAUUCAGACCUCACGUUGCCCUUCGAGCUCCGCCUGCGUCCCCGUUUCUUCCUCCCCAUCAGACUAUUUACGCCAGAAACACCGAAUUUUCCUGCCGACGGCCGGGGUCGGUGGUCCUCGCAUUCCUUCGGGGGCGGGGGUUGGGGGUGGGGGACGGUGUGCCAAUCUGGUUGGAAUUCGACAAAACCCCAGGCGGCUGGACUUAUACACAUCCUCCUGAAUCAUAACCAUCGGUCAGGGUUCCCUGGAAAAAUCUGGAUGUCUAACAGGAACGCUCAUAACCGAUGCGGCUUCUCCACGGCUGAGAUGACGGGCUUGUGUGAUGCACUGGAUAACGCACGUGACUGAUUAGGACCGGGCUGGGGUUUGCUGGGCAGCGACCCGGGGCGCGCUGGAGACCCCGGGGUGAAGACGGAUUGAUGGUAUCUGCUUGACCCGCUGCCCAGGGCCAUUUGGAAUGGCUGUGAACAUCUCUACGAAACCCCGGGUCGUCGGUCAUAAAGAUGAAAUUCUUUGGAGAAGCUUCCUUGAAUCCUUGUCAUAGAGUGGAGUAGACCAUUCUCAGCUGCUGCCUCGAGUAUUCUGCCAGAGGGAAAAAUGUGCUGAGAUGGAAAAGCAAUCAAGUAGAUUUUCAUGGAGGCAUUUUUAAAAGCAUCUUCUUAGAAGGGCGAUGUAAUGGCCGCCCGCUCUGCGUCGGCGUUCUGAUAAAGGAUCGUUGUUGCUGGGAGGUGCUGGACGGCCCCGGCCUCUUUGGAGCACUGUAACGGCGGGAAUCCGGUCCGAAGAUUAAGGCAGCGCAGCGGUCUUGCAAUGGGCGGCCAGGACGACCGGCGGGCUGGCUGUUGACCGUGGGCUCUGUCUAUGCCCCAUCGGGAGUGCGUCCGCAGGAAGCCCUUCGCCUCUCCCAGCUCUCGGUCCUUGGAAGCCCCUCUCCCUCCCCCAUUUCCCGUCCUCAUCUUCUCAGAAUAUCCUCCCCUGGACGUCCCCACCCACCCCCACCCCACCUCCCCAACCCUGGAUGCGCGGGUGAGCCAUGUCGAGACCCCAGGGACUGUUAUGGCUCCCGCUGGCCUUCACCCCCGUCUGCAUCAUGGUCAACUCCAACGUCCUGCUGUGGAUCACCGCCCUGGCCGUCAAGUUCACACUCAUCGACAGCCAGGCCCAGUACCCCGUGGUCAGUACCAACUACGGCAAGAUCCGGGGCUUGAGAACGCCGCUGCCCAAUGAGAUCCUGGGCCCCGUGGAGCAGUACCUGGGCGUCCCUUAUGCCUCGCCCCCCACCGGGGAGAGACGCUUCCAGCCCCCCGAGCCCCCGUCCUCGUGGACCGGGGUCCGCAACGCCACGCAGUUCGCCGCCGUCUGCCCCCAGCACCUGGACGAGAGGUCGCUCCUGCACGACAUGCUGCCCGUGUGGUUCACGGCCAACCUGGACACCCUGAUGACGUACGUGCAGGACCAGAAUGAAGACUGCCUCUACCUGAACAUCUACGUGCCCACGGAGGACGACAUCCAUGAUCAGAACAGCAAGAAGCCGGUGAUGGUGUACAUCCACGGCGGGUCCUACAUGGAGGGCACAGGCAACAUGAUCGACGGCAGCAUCCUGGCCAGCUACGGCAACGUCAUCGUCAUCACCAUCAACUACCGCCUGGGCAUCCUGGGGUUUCUGAGCACCGGCGAUCAGGCGGCCAAAGGCAACUACGGGCUCCUGGAUCAGAUCCAGGCCUUACGCUGGAUCGAGGAGAACGUCGGGGCCUUCGGUGGAGACCCCAAGAGAGUCACCAUCUUCGGCUCGGGCGCGGGCGCCUCCUGCGUCAGCCUCUUGACCUUGUCUCACUACUCAGAAGGUCUCUUCCAGAAGGCCAUCAUCCAGAGCGGGACCGCCUUGUCCAGCUGGGCCGUCAACUACCAGCCCGCCAAGUACACGCGCAUCCUGGCCGACAAAGUGGGCUGCAACAUGCUGGACACCACGGACAUGGUGGAGUGCCUCCGGAACAAGAAUUACCGUGAGCUCAUCCAGCAGACCAUCACGCCGGCCACGUACCACAUCUCCUUCGGGCCCGUCAUCGACGGGGACGUCAUCCCCGACGACCCCCAGAUCCUCAUGGAGCAGGGCGAGUUCCUCAACUACGACAUCAUGCUGGGCGUCAACCAGGGCGAGGGGCUCAAGUUCGUGGACGGCAUCGUGGACCACGAGGACGGCGUGACGCCCAACGACUUCGACUUCUCCGUCUCCAACUUCGUGGAUAACCUCUACGGCUACCCGGAGGGCAAAGACACGCUGCGGGAGACCAUCAAGUUCAUGUACACGGACUGGGCGGACAAGGAGAACCCGGAGACGCGCCGCAAGACCCUGGUGGCCCUCUUCACGGACCACCAGUGGGUGGCCCCCGCCGUGGCCACCGCGGACCUGCACGCCCAGUACGGGUCGCCCACCUACUUCUACGCCUUCUACCACCACUGCCAGAGCGAGAUGAAGCCCAGCUGGGCCGACUCGGCCCAUGGCGACGAGGUCCCCUACGUCUUCGGCAUCCCCAUGAUCGGUCCCACCGAGCUCUUCAGCUGCAACUUCUCCAAGAACGACGUGAUGCUCAGCGCGGUGGUCAUGACGUAUUGGACCAACUUCGCCAAGACCGGUGACCCCAAUCAGCCCGUUCCGCAGGACACCAAGUUCAUUCACACGAAACCCAACCGCUUCGAGGAGGUGGCCUGGUCCAAGUAUAACCCCAAAGACCAGCUCUAUCUGCACAUCGGCCUGAAGCCCCGCGUGCGGGAUCACUACCGAGCCACCAAAGUGGCCUUCUGGCUGGAGCUGGUGCCGCAUCUUCACAACCUGAACGAGAUCUUCCAGUACGUGUCCACCACCACCAAGGUGCCCCCUCCGGACAUGACCUCCUUCCCCUACGGGACCCGGCGGUCGCCCUCCAAGAUCUGGCCCACGACCAAGCGCCCGGCCAUCACCCCCGCCAACAGCAACCCCAAGCACGCCAAGGACCCCCACAAGACGGGCCCCGAGGACACCACGGUGCUCAUCGAGACCAAGAGGGAUUACUCCACCGAGCUGAGCGUCACCAUCGCCGUGGGCGCGUCGCUGCUGUUCUUGAACAUCCUGGCCUUCGCCGCCCUCUACUACAAGAAGGACAAGAGGCGCCACGAGACGCACCGGCGCACCAGCCCCCAGCGGAGCGCCGCCAACGACAUCGCGCACAUCCAGAACGAGGAGAUCAUGUCCCUGCAGAUGAAGCAGCUGGAACACGACCACGACUGCGAGUCGCUGCAGGCGCACGACACGCUGAGGCUCACCUGCCCGCCCGACUACACGCUCACGCUCCGCCGCUCCCCCGACGACAUCCCGCUCAUGACCCCCAACACCAUCACCAUGAUCCCCAACACGCUCACGGGCAUGCAGCCGUUGCACACGUUUAACACCUUCAGCGGGGGCCAGAACAGCACAAACAUCCCUCACGGACACUCCACCACCAGGGUAUAGCUCUGCAGACCUCCCGUUCCCCCUUCCCCGCCCUCUCGCCACGCCCCCUGCAACUGGAAGACCGACCAAGACGCACCAUCUCCAGACAAGGAAUGUGUUUCAUCCCACUGGCUUAAGACACGCUCUCUCUCACACACACACACACACAAACCCCCAAAGGGCGACCAUUGUGUCUUUGCAGACCUCCCAUGCUGGCAUUUCCCGGUACCACGAGAUCAACCUGCGACCCUAUGAAAUGUGAAACGUUAUCCAUUCGCUGGUAACAGUUCUUGCUUUGAAGACCCACCACCAUCCAAGCUAGCUGCGACAAGGACGUCGACAUUUCGAGGACCUGGGCGUUUCCAACCGUGACCGUAGAAGCUGACACCCUUCUGGAACUCAGCCAGGGACACCAACUUUUUUUUUUUUUUUUUUUAAAUCACAGUUGAAAAAAAAUAAUAAUAAUAAAGUUCUUUAUGUGCCACACGACAGAUGGCUCUCCUUAAGCGAAACACAAACAAAAACAACAACAACAAAAAAAAGAGUCUAUGGGCUUUUACCCAGCAUACGGAGCAGUAAUCCAGAAAAGAAGGAAAAGUAGAAUUUUAUUAUUAAAAUAAACGAACGGACUAUGCAGUUACAUACCUAGAGUUCUGUGCAAACAGAUGUUUUGCCAGCCUGAACUAUAUUUAAGAAACUUUGUAAAAAAAGAAAAAAAAAAGAAAGAAAGAAAAUGUAUAUAGCUGUGAGUUUUAAACAAACACACACGGAGAGAUAAAGAAAACAAAACAAAAAAACAAACAAACAAAAAAAAACGCUUUUAUUGGUGUUUUCAGUUUGAAAGAGCUUUUAGCAAGGUUGUACUCUCCAUUGUGAUCUGUAUGUAUAUAAAUCGGUAUAUACAUUAGUCAUAUCACCUCUGUUCCCUCCAAGACACACAGGGGGGCUUCUUCUUCAAUCCUUGUGGCCAACAGACAUGGGAUUUUCUAAGGCGUUUCAUUUGUAGGAGGAUAUGGUUGUCACACGGCGGACUCUGACCGUCCCUGUGACCAGGCUUUCUCCCCAUUUUUUUUUUUUGUUUUGUUUGUUUUGGGGGCUGGAAAGUGCAUGCAAUGGCAUUCUUAGGAGACUGGUUUUUUUUUUUUUCUUUGUUUAAGGCAAACUUUUAUUUUUGUGUUGUUAAAGGCUUCAUGACAUUGCACCCUGCCCACCCCUGAAGAAGGAUCCCCAGCGGCGCAGAGUCUAUUUAAAAGCUUGUUGAAUUACAAACAGUCACACGCAGAGAAAUCGCAGGGCCCCGGGAGGGGAGGGGAGGGGGUCGGGGAACAGAAUGCAAUUCUCAGUUCUGUAGUCGUGGCUUUUUGAAUCUGUUAAGCAAGAGUCGCUUCCCACCCCCAGGGUCCUGCCAAAAGGGAGAAAGAAAGCUUGUGUUUGGUGGGCCCGAGGUCUGCUGAGUCAAUAGGACUCUGUGUUCCCCAGCAGCUGCAGAAAUACCUGUUCAGCUUAGCUAAUCAGAUCGAAGGAGGGGGCAUGUGUCUCUCCUUUCUGGUGAGGUCCCUUAUUUAUCAGUAAGUGGGUUUGUUGUUGUUGUUGUUGUUUAAUUCUUUCUAUCAUUUAUGGGGUAAGACAUACGCUUGUCUGAAACGAUUAUCUUUUGUGCAUUUUGUGUAUCCGUCCCUGAUCCGUGGCUAUCACAGAGAGGAAACCGGGGAAGGGGACAGAAUACUGCAAGUGCUUUGUGUGGGGUUUUCCAGGAAGUUACAGAAUGGCUUGACUGUCAGGAUAACACACGGAAAUAUUCAGUCAUUCUUCACUGGGGAGGUGGGGAUGAGAAUCUUGGCGCCUCUGACACCGUGUCAUUUUUCUCAUCGUCCUUUUAGCUUUCCUUAAGGGAUCUCUUGCAGGUGUUGUCAAGGAAAACGGUAGCAACCAGGGUGACUUGACGGUUUGGCUUUCAAAAACUUAUUGCCGUGCCAGGAAAUAGUAGCCAAAGAUGAUGUCUCGGGGUGUGGUUAUCAGAGCAACUCAGCUAAGGUGCACGUUCUCAAGAAAGACAGUCCAAAUUCCUUGUCCCUUGGUACAAUCUUUGAUUACUGGAACCCCUAGACUAAAACUGUAUCAGUACUUCUUCAGUCUUGGAAAAUGCCCGCCCCUCCCCAACCCCCGGAAAAAAACAGUUCUUAGGAAGUCAAUGCAGACCAAUCUCCCAGUAAAAUACUGUUCACCUUGGUUCAGAUUUUAAGAGUGAGUCUGUGUAUGGACGUACCUGAAUAUGUACGUAAUCCCAACUUUGCACAGAGCGAGGUUCACACUCUCGGAGCUAAGAGGUGUCACGGGUAAGGUUUUCGUUCAUCCUGUUUUAAAGCUCCUGUCAGACCAUUUCUGCAAGCUAUGUAUUUAUGACCCCAGCUAAGCGGCGACAAAUAGGCUGUCCAGAAAACAACAGAGAAAGUGGCAUUCGACAGCCGUGUGGGACCGGUAUGUUUGUAAUGUGAAUUCCAGUAUUUGUUUAGUAUUUCCAAUCGUCUUCUGCUAGCAAUAUGCACAGUAAUGUAUCAGGCUUGUGACAUUUGGAUAAGGGGAAAAAAAAAAAAAAAAGAGUUCUUGUUAAGUGAAUAACUUUAGCUUUUACAAAGGGUUAUGAUCAAAAGCAAUUUAAUACACCUUAAAUGAUAUCUUAUUUCUACAUGGAAAGAAGUUAUAGAAUCUUCAUAGAGUUCUAUGAGAAUAAAAUAUACUUGCUAUCUAUAAAAAAGAGAAAAAUGAGAAAAAAAAAUAAGUUAAAAAAAAAAACUUUCCUAGGCUUUUAUUCUUGAACUUCACUGGCACGCAGGGUUUAAUGGUUUCUCGGAUUAUUAUUUUGCGAUUUUGUUUUUGAUUUUGCCUUAAGUAAUGAUAGAAGAUAUAUAUGGCUGGACACAUAUGUAUAAACUUUUCAGCAGCAUUUUUAAUAAUAAAAUAUCACAGUAUUUUCUAAUGCUUUGUGCAAAUAA